GGGCUGGUGCAUGUGGCCAGGCCUGGAGAAACCUUCCCGCUCUGCUUCCAGGCGCGGCUGUUCCUCACGCUGGUGUGCGUGGCGGCGGUGACCACGCUCUAUGUCCUGCUGUGCUCCCACGCCUGCCUGCGGCCCUGCUGCUGGGCCCCGGGGGAGCCGAGCCCCGGGGCACCCACCAUCCUCCGCUUCCCGGGGUACAGCCGCGUCCCCGACGGGAAGCCACUGGAGCGGGCACUGUGCCGUCGCUGCGCCGUUGUCUCAAGCUCAGGGCAGAUGCUGGGCUCGCGCAUGGGACGGGCCAUCGACGGGCAGGAGUGUGUCCUGCGCAUGAACCAUGCCCCCACUGCCGGCUACGAGGAGGAUGUGGGGGCACGGAGCACCGUCCGGGUGGUGUCACACACCAGCGUCCCGCUGCUGCUGAGGAACCAGCCCUACUUCUUCCAGCAGUCCCAGGAGACCCUCUACAUCAUCUGGGGGCCAACAAAGAAGAUGAACCGGGAGAAGGUGGGCUCGACCUACCAGGCACUGCUGAAGGUGAUGGAGAUGUACCCCCGCCUGCAGAUCUACACCCUGACCGAGGAGAAGAUGACGUAUUGCGAUGAUGUCUUCCAGAACGAGACGGGGAAGAACAGGAUAAAAUCUGGCUCCUUCCUGAGCACGGGCUGGUUCACCAUGAUCCUGGCCAUGGAGCUGUGCGAGCAGAUCUGCGUCUUCGGCAUGGUCAGCGACAGCUACUGCAGGGAGAAGAACCACUCGAGCGUGCCUUACCACUACUUCGAGAAGGGCCAGCUGGACGAGUGCAGGAUGUACCUGAUGCAUGAGCGAGCCCGCCGCGCCGGGCACCGCUUUAUCACCGAGAAAGCCAUCUUCUCCCGCUGGGCCAAGAAGAGGAACAUCAUCUUCUCCCACCCAUCCUGGGCAGGAGGGUAGGGUGCCAGCCGUGGGACGAGGCAGUGGCGACCCUGACAGCGGGGUGGGUCUCAUCCUGCGGCGACAUGGCUCCGCUCUGACGGUGCCACGGUUGAAAGCCUUUUACCAAGCGCUGGAACGGGCAGUCUCCAUCUCCACAGCGGCAGGGCUGGUUCCCCAAGCCAGUGGGUGGGCUGGGACCUCCCAUGUCAGUGCAUGGGGAGCAUGAGCUGGACCCACAGAGCCCCAUCAGCUCCAAGCACCUGCCCAGAUGGACCCAGGGUGACCACAGAGGUUUUCUGCCCACUCUACUGGGAUGAUAUUUAAUGCAGGAUUAAACAUUCACGUUGCUGGGCUCUAGCAUGACACAGGUCGGGAGAGCUCGGCCCUGCCAGGCCCACAAGCCAGUGCCUCUCUCAGGGAUGAAGCUUCAGUGCAGUCCCUGAGACCCAGCGCUGGGUGUGGGGCACAAGGAGCUGGGGCUGGGCCCCCCAUCCUGCUGCUCCCACACAGUUCCCUGUGGCUCCGGCUACCCCUGGGGCCCCCAGCCAGGAAGCCCAGGGACCACGUGUGCCCCAGGGACUCUGAGUUGCCUUGUCACAAGUGCCCUUGGAUUCAGACCAAAGCAAACAUGGCCAUUAAAAGCAUUUU